CCGAUUUCCUGUUUUUAUUUGUUUACAUUCAAUUCUGAAAGACUUACGUUUUUGCCAAAAAUUACAUUGACAGGAAUAUUUUUGUAAAUUGUGCAACAGUAAUGCCUCGAUUGAAGGUGUUAGUUGCUGGAAGUAUUUUGGGUCACUUCAAAGCUUUUUUUGAAGAAAUUGUAAAGGUUAACAAAAAAUGUGGUCCUUUUGAGUGUGUAUUAUGUGUGGGAGAAUUUUUUGGACCAAAAAAAGAUGAAUGGCAGCUCAUAGGAUCUGGUGUUGUUGAAGGAAAGUCUGGUGUUUUGAAGUGUACUUCUGGUCUUCAAGUUGCUUAUUUGAGUGGAAUCUAUGGAAUAGGUGAUAAAUCAGUUUAUUUUGAUGAAAAAGAUGUUGGAGAGUUAAUCAAAACAAUGCAGAAAGAGAGAAAAAUAGAUAUUUUAUUGACAUCUCAAUGGCCCAAAGGCAUAACUAAAUAUGAACCAGGGAAAAACGUGGUUGAAACAGAGAAAAAUUCAUCCCACUUGAUAUCAAAACUAGCUCAAACUGUAAAGCCUAAAUAUCAUUUUUCUUCUUGUCCUGGAUAUUUUUUUGCUCCUACACCUUACAGAAAUGACCCUUGGCCAAAUGACGACCAUAAACCUAUAACUAGAUUUGUUAGUGUAUCUUCUUUUGGUGGUCCUAAAAAGUGGCUCUAUGCAUUCAACAUUACACCUAAAAGCAGACCAGAUCCCGAUUCAUUUGCUCCAGAACCAAGAGAUACUACAGAGUGCCCAUAUCCCCCAUUCAACAAAAAACCUGAUCAUCAUUUUUCAUAUUUCAAACAUGACUCUGGAUAUGCGAAACAUGGUAGAAGCUCAGCCUCUGAAAUGGAAUCAAGACCUAAAAAACAGAAAGAAGAUUGCUGGUUUUGCCUGUCUAGUGGUGAAGUGAAUAAACAUUUAAUCGUGAGUGUUGGUGAACAUUGCUAUUUGGCUCUGGCCAAAGGGCCACUUGUUCCAGAUAAUGUUUUAAUAUUGCCUAUCAAACAUGUAAAGUCAUCUGUCGAGUUAUCCCAUGUAGAGAUGGAGGAAGUAAACAAGUACAAAAAUUGCUUAGUGAAGUUUUUUGAUAAAAGAGAUAAAGAUGUUGUAUUUUAUGAAAGAAAUUAUUGUAGUAGACAUUUACAGCUUCAGGUAGUUCCUAUACCAAAAUUUGACACAGAUAAAAUAAAAAGAGUUCUUACACAUCAAGCAUUGGAACAAUAUGAAUUUGAAUUAACUGAACUCUCUGAGUUUACUCAGCUGAAAGAAGUUGUUGGUAAAGAAAAACAGUUCUUCUAUUUUGAGAUAGUAAAGAAUAAGAAAGUUGAAAGUAAAUUGAUACAUAUUAUCCCUAAGUCAAGCAAGUUUCCAUUAUACUUUGGAAGAGAUGUGUUAGCAAGUCCGGAAAUUCUAAAUGUGCCUGGCCGUGUGGAUUGGAAGCAACAUGCUGAAAGUAAAGAAAGUGAAGCUGCAAUGACACAGCAGUUUAUUAAAGCAUUCAAACCUUUUGAUUUUACAAUGUAAUGUAAAAAUACUUUGAGUGUAAAUACUUUUAUUGCAUAUACAACCAAUGCAGAAAAUGUACAUUGACAUGCUUUUAGAAUGCAGAACCAUAGGAAAAUAUUUCAGAGGUUGAUUGUUUCUUGUUUAUUUCAAAAAAUUCAAAGUUUUAGCAUCACCUGUGUUCUUAUCAUUUUGUUUUUAAUGGUGUAUCUAAACUAUUUUCUUAAAAAUGUAUUUUCAUGUAAGUUGUAUUCACUAUAAAGUUUCAAAACAUGUUUCAUUAAUUCAUAAAAAAUCACUGGUAGUUCAUAUUAAAAGUUGAACCCAUUAUCCUACCACAUUAAGGAAGAUUAAAAAUGACUACAUCAUAGUCAUUUAAUUCUUGAAUGAUUAAAAGAUUUAAAAAAAUGAUAAUAAUAAAUAAAAUACAUUUUUAACUAUAGAAUAUACUGAUUAAAAACAAUAUUGAAUGGCAAAUAACUGCUCUAGUGUAUAAUGUCAUGCUCUUGAUUUCAGUCUCUUAUUUUUUUAAAAAAUGCAUGUAUAUUUAUUAUAUUUGUAAUCCUCAUUUUCACUCUAAAUUUUACUGAUUAGUGUGUCUGAUAAAUUAAAAUAAAAAAAAGUAGAACAAAAUUACUGCAUGAUAUCUAGGUUCUCUUGUUUAAUAUUGAUGAUGUAUCUGAAGUGUGUGACAGAAGAGUUGAGAUUUAAGUGAGUAAAUGAUAUGAAGUCACAAUUAAUUUCCAUGAUAAUGGCUUUAAAUAUUUUACUUUUAAUUUGGUAUUUAAAAAGUUCAGAAUGUUACCAAUGUAUUAAAUAUGUGAUUCACAUUAUUUUUACUUUCAUCAUGACUAUCAUAUUUUUGUAUGAAUAAAAGCAUUGUAAAUACUGUUUAGUUACUUAGUAAAAUACUGAUGUCAUUAUACUUAAAAUUGAAACAUAAAAUAUUGAAACUAUAAACACUUUGAUCUUACUACAAAAUCCAAUACUUAGUAUAUGACCAACAUAACAAAACAUGGGCUAUCAUUGGCUUGCAUUGCUAAAAACACCCUUUAUAAAGUUUUUUUUUUCUUAAACGAAAUCAUAACAAAUUGCAAUGCUAUUCAUUGACAGGUUUAAAGUAAAAUCUGAACACUUAUUCCAGAAUUGUAUUGACCCCUUUGCCUGUAACGCCAGCAUCGUAAAUCAAGUAUACUGCUCACCCACACAGCUUUUAGCUUAGGCCACAUUUUUUUAAAAAAUGUUUUCAAUUUGUAUGUUUAUUAUUACGUUUACUGCUAAUGUGCUCACAAUUUAAAAUUGAUGAAUUUUUUGCUAAUAAACAAUAUUUACCCUACAAAAAUAUUU